AUGGACGAGGACGACGCGUACGACUUCGACGAGCGCCGAAGCGUGCUUCUGGAAUCGGACGCGACGGAUGCGCUGAUCGCGGGGAAACCGGGACGGGAGACGGAGGUGUUCGUGAAGGGAAUCGCGGCGGAGGCGAGCGAGAAGGACGUGCACGCGGCGCUGCGGGAGUGCGGGGCGGAGAGCGGGGCGACGGGGUUCGAAUUGGUGACGGAUAGGACGACGGGGACGCAUCGCGGGUACGCGUUCGCGAGGUACGACUCGAGGGAGAGCGCGGCGAACGCGGUGGCGGCGAUCGCGAAGGCGGAGUGCGAGGUGAAGAAGAUGAAGAUUACGGCGAGCGUGAAACCGAGCAAGUAUCGGGUGAUGGUGACCGGGCUGCGAAAGGACGCGACGCGAGAGGAGAUCGUGGAGGCGUUGCGCUCGCGAGGCGCGGGUUUGGAGUUUUUCGCGCUCUCGCGACCGCGAUCGGCGAAGAAGAACGCCGAGAACGCGGUCGUUGAAAGUGGAGAUCACAACGGCGGCCGGGGUUGGGCUUCGUUUUACAACGAGGCGUGCGCGGAACGCUUUAUGAAGAACAUGGCGGCGAACCGCGAAGAAAAGUUGCCCGUGGCGGACGACAAGGACAAGAGAGGUCUUGUGUGCGAAUUUGUCGGACCAAGACCGCAGAAGAAAGAAAUCGAAAUCAAGACGUUGCACGUCACCGAGAUGAACGAAGCGAACGCCACAGAUCAGGGCUUGCGCGAGGCUUUCGAGCGUUACGGUACAAUUCUCGGCACGCAGAUUAUGGAAAAAGAUCGCACGAGAGGCUGGGUGUUUUACGAUUCCGCCGAGAGCGUCGAAAAAGCUCUCGCGGAGUGCGAACCGGUUGAAGGCGCGGCCGAAGCGUCGACGGCUCCACCAUCAAGGUGA